AUAUUUAAAGUACUGUCAAACGAAACCUAACUGCAACCUUUUUGUAACUUCAGGUGUUGAUUGCACUUACUUUUAUAAGUGUUUGAAGUAAGUGCAUAUGCGCAUUUGCAAUCCACAUGGCAGGCUUCCACCUAAGCGUAUCUCUCUCUGAGUCUCGUGCGUUUAAGGGUCCCGUCUCUCUCCUCCCGCCCUUCUAGCAGAGGGAAUCAGCUGCAUAUUAUACUGUGUGUAGUGCAUGACAGAGACUGUUGUUGCAUUAUCUGGCAAAGAAGGAAAGAGAGAGAGAAGAAAGAGAGAGGAGGAAAGCUACGCAUGGAAGGGGAAAAGCAAAGGGGCAUGAAAGAAAAAAGGAUGAACACAUUAAGGACGGAGGAAAUGAUGAUAUGGCUGGAAUUGAUAAUUCCAAUGAGAAUAAGAGAUCAGGAAAAGAUGAUAAUAGAAAACAUCAGAAGCAACAUAAAAGUUAUACAGAUGGUUUGAAUGUGAGAAAGACAGAACUAAGUAUUCUCGCAGACAUAGCUGUGGCAGCAAAAAAUCAAAAUGGGUAUGCUCUUUUCUUUUUAUUGGAAUGUUUUAAGUGAAUGUAAAAUUGGUUUCUAAGUUUAUAACAGUUACGUAAUGGCAAUUUGCACCAUGCAUCCACACCUGAAUCUGAUAGUGAGACCAGGCAUAAGAGGCAUAGGAGAGCGUGUUGGAAUGGUUCUCAUAGAAGUGCUGAUCAUGAGGAGCUUGAAGAUGGGGAGUUUGGUGAGGAGAGGGAAAGUCGUUAGUUAUCUCUUCCUAUUCAUUUCUUGUUCCUUUUUUGCUCCUAUCAUAAUUCUUGUAUUGGGAUGUCGAUCAUAUUGUAAUUGCAGCAAUGUUGUAUUAGUGUCAUAGUUGUUUUCUGGUUUAUAAGCUUGAUCAGGUAGCAAUUUUAUGCUUUAAGAUUACUUUUACAUUUCUCCCAUAAAUGCUGAAAACUUUGUUGUUAUAAAAUGAUCUUUAACUU